AUGUCCAGAUCCAGGAUAUGGAAAGAGGUGGCCCAUACUGAGAUGCGCAACGCCGAGAGACCUCGACCACUCAAAGCCAAGAGCGGGCUGGACAGAAACAGAUACUGCGCUUUCCAUGAUCAAAACGGUCACAUCACGGAUGACUGUUGGGACCUUCGAGAUGCUAUUGAAAAGAACGUCAGAGAGGGGAAGUUGAAGCAAUAUAUCAUCCGAACACAGGGAAAGAAAAAUAAUAAGCGAAGGCUAAGAAGCCUAAGCAGAAGUCGAAGCCCGAAGAGAGAAGACAGAAAGGAUCAAAGACAAGACCGACCUGCCAAAGACAAAGAGGUCGAGGAUAAGGACGAGGCCUUUCCUGAAGCCGAAUUCGAAUGCAACGUGAUAAGUGGAGCUCUAGGCGGGGAAGGAGACAGGUCGACCUUUAAAGGGAAAGCCAGCAACCCUGCCCCCCCAAGACUGUUCUUCACUCAGGAGGAACUAGCAAUGGUCGUACCUGGACACACUGAUGUAUUGGUGAUCACUGGAGUGCUAGUCAACUGCCGGGUUAAGAGAAUCUUCAUUGACCAUGGAAGCUCGGCAGAUAUAAUUCUUUGGGAUGCUUUCCAGAGGAUGAACCUGGAUGAGAAGGACUUAAAACCAUGUGUCACCAAGCUGGUCGGGUUCAACGGAGCGGCGUCCCCUCCAAAAGGCUACAUCGACCUAAAGUUGACCUUGGACACGAAGGACUCGUUCCGAGCUGGAAGGGUUCGUUUCGUCGUGGUGGACACCUCGUCUUCAUACAACGUGAUCAUUGGCCGGUCUACAAUCCAUGAAUGA